AUGUUUGAUCGCAGAUAUGAGAAGCUGCAGAUCCUGGGAAGCGGUGCCUAUGGCACCGCACUGCUGGUGCGUGAGCGUGCAGGGGGCGGCACAAAGUAUGUCGCGAAGGAGAUCAACGCGGCACACUUGGGCGAGAAGGAGCGGCAGCUUGCCUUGGCAGAGGCAGAUGUCUUGCGGCGGGUGUGUCACGCGAACAUCAUCCGCUACGUCGAGUCUUUCAUGGAGGGCCCAAAGCUGUACAUCGUCAUGGAGUACGCGGACAACGGGGACCUGGCGACGCAGAUCAAGCGCCGUAGCGAUGCGCAAGGACGCUUCACGGAGGAUCAGAUCAUGCACAUCCAUCUGCAGCUCAUCCUCGCGCUCUCGCACAUCCACGACUGCAAGAUCCUGCAUCGGGAUCUGAAGCCCCUCAACAUCUUCCUGACGCGGCGCUGGAUUGUGAAGCUCGGGGACUUUGGAAUCUCCAAGGUGCUGGAGAGCACAACCGCCGGGGCCCAGACCACGAUCGGCACGCCGCUCUACUUGGCCCCGGAGAUUUGCAACGGAGACAGCUACGGCGUCAAAAGUGACCUCUGGGCUCUUGGCGUCGUCACCUACGAGCUCGCGGCCUUGCAGGUGCCCUUCCAGGCAACUUCCAUGGUGGCCCUCAUCAUGAAGGUCUGCUCCGCGGAACCAGCGCCGCUUCCGGCAGUCUACUCGCAGGAUCUGGCGGAGAUCGUCUCGGGACUCCUUGAGAAAGAGCCCCGCAAGCGCCUUGCUCUGGAAGAUGUGCUUCGCCUGGGCUAUGCCAGGCACCACAUGCAGAGCCUGCUCGAGCGCAGCAGGGACAUGGCCAGGGAGGUGCAGGCUCCCGUCCGAACACAGAAGCCGGCUCCACAUCCGCUGGCGCCGGGAAGCCCUGGUAGCCAGGACCCUGCUCAAGCUGUCCGAAACGAGUAUUUCCUAAACAAGGAGAUCGCACGGCGGAACAAGGAGCGCUGUCGAGGCCCCGCCAGCCUUUCCCCAGAGAGGUCGGAUCCAAGGCCAGAUCCCUCGCUGCAAGUGCCCCGUGCAGCGCCCCGCGCGGCCAGCGCGCCGCGGGCGCUGCCCCGGGAGCCCCCACGGGAACCGCCCGAGCCGGAGGACAAGCGCGCCGAGGUGCGACGUCGAUCGCAGGAGGCGCGUGCAGCGGAAGAGGCCGCAUGGAAGAAGAGACUCGAGGAAGCUCGCCGACAGGUCGUCCAGGACAAGAUGGUCGCAAAACAGCGGAUGGAGCAGGACUAUCGCUCCCGCUUCGCUGGCCCAGAGCCUUCCGAGCGCAGUGUCAGCAGCGAUGCAUCUCCCAAUGCAACGAGCGGGGUGCCGAUUGCGCCGUGUUCUCACUUUACAGCCAUGAGUUCGGAAUGGUGGCCUGAAAUCAGAGACCUCUUCGGCUUUGCUAGCCAAUCCUGGCCAGAACUUCACGGCUCUUUCGCAUGCUUUGAGCUUCGUAUUGAUGGGCCGGAGAUUGAUACUGGUGAUUCGGUGUUGGUCAGGGUUCAGGUUCUCCAGGAGCUUGAGGGUGAGAUUCUUCGGGAGGAGGUUCGAGCAACUGGAUCCAGGCAACCCGGGCGAAAGGCCGUCUUGAGAUUGCCGUACGUGGCGUGGAACCAGGUGGGUAGUCGAUGUAGUACACUGCGAGCUUUGUGGACACAUGUGACUAUUCAGCAAGACAUCAUCAUUCUGGAUGCUACAGUGGGGCAAGCAUUUGUUGCUGGGGAUGUCACGUUACGUUCCUUUGAGGAUGUUCAGGUUGCCGAGCUUUUCUGCGGAGGUUUCGCGGGGUGGAGCCAAGCGGCGUGGAGCCUAUCGUCACAGGGUGCCCAGAUCCGUACUUCCUGGCUUCUUGACUUGGACGGUGAAACUGAAGAGCCCAUGCGUGCCAUGAUGCCUGAGUUGCAAGUAGCAAACACGAGUGGUGAUCUUAUGGAUGCUGAUCCGGAUGAGGGUCCCAUUUUGUUGCUGGCCAAUGUGGAGCACAGCUGGUGGCAUAAGAUUUGGCACACCAAACCGCCACACAUCCUUGCUUGUUCACCUCCAUGCCAACCUUGGUCGGAGGCCGGACAUGGGUCGGGACUAGAAAGUGCUGACGGCCGCCUUUUGCUACAGCUAGCAUCCAUCAUGCGGGUGGUGCGGGUUAAGGUUGUGUGUCUUGAAGAGGUUGUAGGGUUUUCCAGACAUGCUGACUACCCGGCCGUUAUGCAGGCUUGGCAUGAGGCCGGAUAUCGACGGUUGUUUGAGUCGACACUUCAACUGUCAGAGGUCCUGCCGACACGCCGCCCACGGAGCAUGUUUGUGUUUGUUCAUGAAUCAGUGAGCAUGGAAGAGACGCUUAAAUUCCGGAAUUGCAUGUGGCAGCCGGUCCGCCGACCCAGCCUGGGCGGCAUGCGAGCCAUCUUCGAGCAUCUCCCGGUCAGGGUACAUCUGCACUUGACGCACGCCGGUAUGCUGACUCGAGGAGGGAUCCUCUGCAGUCUCCUCCACGAGCGAGGUGAGUCCCGCUUCUUUGCGGGUCACAAGGUAGAUCCGCAAUUUGCCGUCCACCAUUGCCUGCAGACUCGACUCCAUGCGGGGAAUAGUGCCUUGUUUUGCCUACCCCAGGGGUGGGCCCUGAUCGGUCACGAUGCGCUGGGAGACCUGCUUGCUGAUCGGGCUUUGCGGCGACUUCUUGAAAAAGGCAUGGCGACAGUUUCGGUUGUGUUUCAUGAGAUGCAGAUCCUCUGCUCAGAGGGCACCGAUCGGGAACCGUUUGUCGUCAGGUCGGUACACUUCUCGGCCCAUAUCAAGCCUGAGGUUCUGUUGGAGUCACUCCAGGUCAAACCCGCGGGGCCUGUGCAGUACGGUGCCCCUGCUGUUGCCGGUCACAUUCGACACCAGGUAGUUGCUGCAGAACUUGAACCAUUGCGCUUCUCCGCCCAGCCUUGUGUGCGGGCGCAGCGUGAGGGCCCCAUUCUGCUCUGCACUUCGGGAGGAUUGAUUGCUAUCAAACCGGCAGUCCCAGAUGUUUACCACCAGCUUAAGUGGGCCUUUGACAGGUGCCGCAGCAGCGAACAGCCAGCAGUUGUGUGCAUGACACCCUAUGGUGCCAAGGUGCAACAGGUUGAGGAUUUUCCGCCUAUUACCUUUGUUGCGGGUUCUGCAAACGAUAUUCACUUCCAUGAGCCCCGGCUGGACCAGGCCCACAUUGGAGCAAGUAUUGUUGCUGAAGACCUGCCUCGCCUUUAUGUUGGGGUUCCUGCCCAGUUUGCCUUCCAGUGGUGGCUGCAGCUUCCAUACCAUCUGUUGGAGUGCCUCGGGUGGGCUGCUGACUGUGAUGACCCGCCACAACAGGUUGAUAGCACAAUGUUGAUCACGUUACAGCCGGCCUCCCCCCAACCAGCAUUGUCUACAGCUGCACUCAAGCUGUAUCUUCGUGACCUGGCUUUUCAGUCCCAGCUCCUUGCGAUGGCCCAAAAUCCGAGGGAACUGUUGGUCGGCCCGCUCCAGGUGCAGAUUGAAGCCAGGUCGCUUUGUCGCGUCCUGCUGCCCGAAGCUUUGACGCCCAAUGAUGUUGAGGCUGCUUGGCGCACUGCCUGCCAUGCCCUUGGUACUUGGCCCGGCUGUAGGAUCUUCUCAGGCCCCCGCAGGCUUCAAGCGGAGGCGUCACUAGGCGAGCUGCUGUCUGCUGAAGGCUUCCAUGUCAAGUGCCAAAGCCAGCUGCCACUCCUCACUAUCAUGCCGGAAGUGAGGGGAGGGGGAGUCAAGGAUGAAAACACUGCCUUUGCCAAAAGCAAGAUGGCUACUUUGAUGCUGGAAAGAGGGGUGUCCCUAGAAGCCACACAGGCCACGGUCGAUGCAGUCCUGCCUAAGAUUGGUACAGCGGCAUGUUUGCAUGCACUCCGUCAAUCAGACACACAGGCUCAGUGGUCGCAGCUCUCCAAGGCCGCCCAGUCCAAGGGGCAGCAGCUCCCAAGCGGUGACAAUCGAAAUGAAAAAGCCGCUCAGCGAAUACAGCAAGCAGUGCGUCGCCAGCGCCUUCAUCAGCAGCGCCCGGUGCGAGCAUGUGACUUUCAGUUGCAACCCGACACGUGGUGUGGGAUGGACGGCCAAGUUGUCCCAGUCCUGGAUGAAAUCAGUGCCGAUGCUACAGGUGUGGUGCUGAUGGAUGCGUCCCAGGCCAAUGCACAAGAUAUCGCUCUCCUGAGGAAUAUGGGAUCUGAAGCCCUGUGUUUGGUGGUGCCGGGUCACCGCUGCCCGGAUUGUGAAUCCUGCUCCGGGCGCACCAGCGUCCCAGUGCUGCAUCGGCAAACUGGCCAUCAGCACCUCAUUGCUGCCUGUUACCACAAUGUUGGGGAUACUGACAUCACCCCCCACCUGCAGCAUGGUACCCGGGUUGAUGUGGAGGACACCAUUUGCUGCUCCUUCACCAUGUGUCAGGAGGACUUUGCCAAUGAACAACAGUGGCGGGACCUUGCUGCUGCCCCAGUGCGAUCCGUCAUUGAAGCUUUCCGUGCACGAGGGGUACAGGACGCACUUCACCAUCCUUGGGCCCGUGCGUACCGAGCUGGUGGCAAGACCAGCAUGCCUCACUUGUGUGAUCAGUUUGUCUUUUAUGCCAAGGUGCCGCAGGGACAACUUAAGGCAAUGCUUCAGCAAAGCGGGUUCAACAAGGUGUAUGUUGUGCCUCGCACGUGGGACCGCCAGCUUCUCUCAGGAUGGUCAGUUGUGUGGCUGCCGGUCUCCCGGCAUGAUGUUGAGAAACAAGCAUUGCUGGUUCCUGAACAACAUGGACUGGUCAGAGGCAAGAAUAAGUUCGGCCUCCGAGUUCCGUCCUCAGCCUUCCGUAAGGUCUUUGUACAACUCCGACCGGGAGCGGAUGUGCCGGAUAGCCUGGAGGUUACUGAAACUUGGAAGGUUGGCCCCUUCCCUGCUGCAGCAUCUGCUGAAGCCGUCCGGGAGUGGUCUCGCCGCAUGAACUGGCCCACCAGGGUCAUAAAAAGUCUGGGUCCGCAGUUCUGGUUGUUGGGUGCUUCCUCGGCCCCCCCUGAUGCCACCAUGUUGUUCAAUACUACACCUGUGCUUGCCUCUGCUGUGAAAGGCCGCGAUGUCAGGCCUCCCAUUGUGCAAGCUGGUGGCCCUCUGCCGCGGUCCGACCCAGGCGCUGCUGUCACCAAAGCUGAGACCGACCCUUGGCUUGAGAGCGACCCGUGGAGCUCUUAUCGUGCCUCGCAAGCUGCGCCUCAGUCUCGCUCCCCGCCUGGCUUGACCGCACCGGCGCCUCUUGAUAGUGCCACUGCCGGCCGUUUGGUGCAACAGGACAGUCGAAUUUCAGAACUUGAAAAAGGGCUGCAACAGUUGCGUGAUGAACAGGCCGCUGCCAAUCUUGAGCGUGCUAAGGAUAAGGCCUCCUUGACCCAAGACAUACAAGCUGUUCGAACUGAGGUCCAGGGCCUCGGUAGUGGACUCCGACAGGAUUUCCAGGCUUGGACGACGAGCCUCAGCAAUGCCCAAGCCCAACAAGACCAACAGCUUGCCAAUGGUAUGGCUGAGUUGAAAGCCCUGAUCUUGGCUUCGCAUGAGAACAAGAAGGCACGACGAACAUGGCCUAGUGCCAGAUGUGACUGGGGUAUUGCCACAUCCAGUGUGGCAGGGGUUUGCACACAACUUAGGGUUGUGACUCGCUUUUGCCCUGCGGGGCUCCGUUGUCGGCACAUAGGCCCGGCCCGUUACCACUCAAGCGUACGUCUUGACUCAGUUCCCAUUCUUUUGCUGACAGGCCAGCAGGCCUGGUGUUCCCAAGUGUGUAUGAGAGCGGGGGAACGCCCUCUGAACAAUCCUCACUGCUACCUGACUUUCUUUCUUUCCCCAGGUGUGAUACCACUUGAAAUGUUUCCCCGGGCUUUGCGUGGUGCACCUUUGCCGGUGCGAUGGCGGCCUGGUCUGUAUAGUGGCAUUCGUGUGGGCGAGGCAAUUAACCCUGGCCCUCAUAGUCAGCCGUCUUUACAUCACUUUUUCGGUCCCGCUCCGGAGCCGUCGGCCCCUGCUGACGAUAAGUCUGACCUUUGUACUUUUGCGGUUGUGAAUCCGACCAGUGUUCUCAACAAGGUGCAGGCCCUACUUGCAGUCCAGGCGGAUGUGAUCUCACUCUCUGAAACCUCUGCUGUGGCCCGUGCCCAGAAAGUUACUGCCGCUGCACUCCGCAAACAUGGUUUCAAGGCCCAUUGGGGUGACCCUGUGCAGCCCCAUUGCCGUGCCGAGUCUGACCGGCCCUCGAUGCGGGGCCUUGCUGCAGGGGUGGGGCUCUUGUCCCGCCUCCCUUCCCGCAGGUCUAGUGUGCCGCUACCGCCUGAGGCAUCUGCUACGUGUCGAUUGGCUGAAGCUUUCGUCCGGCUUGGUGCGCUGGAGAUACGUGUCCUCACCAUCUACGGUGUUCCAAUGUCUGAGCCUGACGCCAAAGACCGCACCAAUGAGCUUCUUCGACAAGCCUUUCUUCGGGCGUCCCAGAAUCCGAUUCCUUGCAUUGUGGCGGGCGACUUCAACAUGCGGCCCUUUGACUGCCCAGCUGGACAGGCUUUUCAGGCGCAAGGGUACCAGGAUGUCUUUGAUUUGUACCGUCAUCGUGCUGGUCAGGACCUCCCGCCAACCUGUAAAGGGAGUACACGUCACGACACCGCGAUACUGCAUCCUGUGCUGGCCCGCCUUUGGAGAGAAGCUUGGGUCCUCCAGCGCCAGCUGUUUGACUCACACGAACCGUUGUGUUUCAGCCUGUGCAGUUGCCACGCCCGCCCUUGUACCAGGGUCUGGCGCCUCCCUAAGCCCUGGUCCCAGCUAGGAGUUGACCGACUCACAUUUGCGGAAGCUUUUCGGAGUCGCGCCCCACAAUUGCAACGACAAGCUGCCCUUUGCCAGAACACGGAUGACGUUGAUGCUGUGUUACGGGCUUUCUCAGAGGCGGCCGAGGCUGCUGCUGAAGCUGCGUUGAGAAAACAGCACGAGCUGGACCCCGUCUCCUGCCCCAACUUCUGCUUGCCCCGCGCUUUUCGUGGGCGGUGCCAGCCACGACGGCACUUGAAACAGGAGAGUGCCUGCAGGAGCCGUCCAGAUUGGUCGGGAGGCUACAACCCGGAUGUUGAGGUCACAUCGGUGCUCGGACGCCUCAAGGUCCGACAGGUCCGUCGCCUCACUACUCUCCGCAGCGGCCUUGCCAAGUUGCAGUUGAUGGGCGCCACCACCAGACAUGACCUUCGCUCCCAACUCCAGAGGGAGUGGCGAGCUGUGCAACAUGCAAAGGGCUAUCCGCCCCUCUUCUCCGACUGGUUGCUCAAUGUGGCUUGCUUUAGCGAAUUUUAUGUUGAGCUGCCGCCACUUGAAUGGCUGACUGAUGUCGUGGCCUAUUGCCGCUAUGAUUGUGACGCCUUGGUCCGUCAAGAGGCCCGACUCCGACGGGAUACUUUCCUCCUCCGGGUCAAUGUCGAUGCGGAGGUAGGGGGCUCCCGCCAGGGCUUUGCUGCCAUGCGGGCCCCGCCCAACCCGCCGUUCACUGAAGUGCCCUGCACUGUGGCUGCUCGCGUUCAGGCUGUACACACGACGUCCCCAUUGCAUGGAUGUCCCCGUGAGUUUGUGGUGCCUGAGCAUGCCUUGUAUGUCCACGGCAGUGCAGAGCUUGAUGGGGUGCCCUGCCAGGUGUUAGAGGCUGGUGAUAGGUACGUUCGGUUGCAAGGGACGGCGCUUCCUGAUCAGGGUCAGCUUUCGCAAUCUUACACUGCGUGUACGGCCCCAGAGCUGCACGCAGCCUUCCGGAGCUUUUGGGCACCCCUGUGGCAGCGGGACUCUGGUGCCGCCAGCAGUGACCUUUCUUCCUGGCCUGAUUUCCAGGCAGUGCUCGCGCGCUCCACUUUGUCCCCUGAUGCUGGCAUCGACAUACAGUGCUCACCGCAACAAUGGCGAGAUGCAAUUAAACGCAUGCCGGCCCGCAAGUCAACCGGGAUAUGUGGCUGGGCCCCUUCGGACCUCAAGUUGUUGUCUGAUGAGGCCCUCUCUGUGCUAAGCGCAGUUUUCACGGCUGCAGUCCGCCAUGGCCUGCCGCAGCAUAUCCUCCGUGCCCGCGUGUGUGUUCUGGCCAAAGUUCUGUGCCCGGACCACAUUAAACAAAGCAGGCCGAUCACUAUCUUCAGCACACUCUAUAGGGUCUGGGCGUCGAUUGUGACACGCUCUUUGCUUCACAGCUGGAAGGACACUUUCCCGUCCGCCGUUGCUGGAUCGAUGCCGGGAAAGUCGUGCCGAGAGGUGAGCCUCAAACAGCAGCACUUGAUUGAGCUUUCGCUUAUGGGUGCGGCCCCGCGUGUCGGCUUCUCUUUGGACAUUGUGAAGUGCUUUAACCAGCUAGGUUGGCCCCCGGUUCAGGUUUUAAUGACCCGCCUCGGUGCACCCCAACAAGUGAUUUCCUUUUGGCUGGACUGCCUGUGCAAACUUGAACGACAUUCGAGCUUUCUUGGAGACCUUUCUGCAGGAAUUCCUUGCAGCAACGGGGCCCCAGAAGGUGACCCGCUCAGUGUUGCAGCCCUUGCGGUUGUGUGCUGUUUCGCUGAGGAGGCUUGCCGUACCGACAUGGUAGCCUUUGACACCUAUGUCGAUAACUGGGGCUGGUCAAGCAACAGCAGAGCUGCGAUAGAGCUUGCAAUUCCGAAGGCCACAGGCUUUCUAUCUGCACUCUCUCUCCCUGUUGACUGGGCCAAGUCCUACACGUGGGCCACCUCUGCCCAAGGCCGUAAAUGGUGGCAAACGGCUCAUAACAGGGUCUUCCCAGAGGGCACGAAAGUGCCACUUGUUAGCGAGGUCCGGGACCUUGGUGUGUCGUUCAAGUACGAUGGCCGGCCACACGCCGCCUCCCGCUCAAGUCGGCUACAGGACGGACUGGAGCGACUCGAUGGUCUCCGGCAGCAGCCUCGCAGCCCCUGCCUCAAGGCAUCAAUGGUUCAGCGAGGCGUCUGGACGGCGUGCCUGUACGGUGCUGAGGGCCACCUGUUUUCCCAGGCUGAGAUUAGUCAACUCCGGGGGCGAGCCGCUCGAGCUAUCGUCGGCCAGCACAAGGUCCUGUCUCCGUUUCUCGCGUUGUCUGCUCUGUCUGCUCACUGUCAGGAUCCUGAGUUGUACUGCAUAGAACAACAGUUGCAGCUGCUCCGCCGAACAUGUUCUUGCGACCCAGACCUGGCUGCCUCGCUGCUGGAACUUGCUACGCAAGCACAGCCGCCCCGCUCUUACCAAGGGCCUGCGACAGCACUGCGGUUGGCGUUGGACCGCCUGGGCCUACAGAUAACCUCUGCCGGGGUGAUCAAGGGUCGUGAUAAUACAUGGGUUGAUGUCACGAGCUGCCAUAAGACUGAGAUUCGACGACUGUUGCGACGUACAUGGGCUCUUCAUGUGCAAGAGCAGGUUGCCCACCGCAAUGGGUUGGCCGCUGCCCCCCCGGUCCACACUGAAGAAACUGGACGCUUGCUACAACAGUUUAAGAUCAACGACCAGCUGGUGUUGGCUCGACAUAUCACAGGGGCUUUCUCCUCUGCUGCAGCCCGCCACAAAUGGGACCCCUCUGAGACUCCGCAGUGUGCCCUGUGUGGCCAAUUGCAAACCAAAGAGCACAAGUUCCUGCACUGCCCGGCCUUGGCUGGUGUGCGGGCUGACUUUACGGAAGUGCUGCAAGAAGUUGUUGCCACGAAAGCCUAUUGGAUACAUGCGCCGUUUGCGGCUGCUCCCCCAGACCUGGAAGUGAACAACUUGAUUUUUGCCACACGAGCGCUUCCGUGUCCAACGACUGAGAUAGGUACCUACGAGGAAAUUGGAUCACGGCCUUUUGUUCGGCUCUUCACGGAUGGCUCUUGCCGUCACCCGACUGUUCCGGAGGCCUCUCUUGCUGCGUUUGCUGUUGUGUUGGACACAAGCACAUGCGAUGAGGCUAUACCAGGUUUGCUGGCAAAGUGGCGCGAGACAGCUAUGCCACCUACUGAGUUUCGAGUUGUGUGUCAAGGAAGCGUGCCUGGUCUGCAGAGCAUCAACCGUGCUGAAGUGUGUGCGCUUAUCCAGGCCAUUAGGGUCGCACAACUGUUGUCGGCCCCCUCCGCUGAAAUCUGGACGGAUAGUGCAUUUGCCAUUAGGGAAUGGGAGAGGGCAUGCGCAGGACAGGACUGUACCUGGCCUGAUCUGGGUGCGAUGUUGGCCCGGCUUAGGCAUUUCCCGGUGCGCCUCCGGAAAGUUGCGUCCCACCAGGACCUCAACAAGCUAUGGGGCUUGGAGCAGUGGGUUGCAGCGGGAAAUGAGGCCGCUGAUGUGGCAGCGAAAGCCGCCGUCGGUCGGGAGAUGCAGUGCGUUCGAGACAUAGCAGAUGCCGCCAACGACUUCUUGAAGGACCAGCGUCGACUCCUCAAACAGUUCUGGACUUACCUGGCACGACUCUCAUUUGAGGAGGCCCGUCUCUUGCGGUCGUCUGGUACCGGGACGGAACAGACUGAAGAUGAGCUGUUCCCUCGCGGCCCGCCGAUCGACAAGUGGCUGGCUCUGAAUACAGGGCUGCACCAAACGUGGAAUGUCGGUAUCGUCCAACGGGAGUGGCUACUGGCCUGCAGCUGGCCCCCGUGGUUUACAGUGCCACUAUGGGAAUGGCUGCGCACGCUUGAGUGGGCGGUCCACAUGCCCACGGGACGGGCUCCUUGCGGAGUUGCCUACGUUGAGCUGCUGGUUGCUUUUGUGUGUACAACAGGAAUUUGUCCGCCUGCCGGACUGGAUGUCGAAAAGUCGCAUGAAGCAGUGCUCACUGACAACUUACAGAUACCGACGACAUUGCGUCAGCUGAACCACAGUCUUGUCGAGGCUGUGCGACAGUUGGAGCGAUUGUCACAUGUGGCCUUGUGGCCCCCACGGAGGGGUAAAGUUUUCUCUUUACGGGCUUUGAACUGCCGUGAACCACGCAUUGGUCUUACGCUACGGCCCUUCUUUCGGGAUCCCGACCAGGUUGCGGAGAUACUGUGCCAGGUCAUUCAGACGUCGACUGCGGGAAUAGACCGUUCGCUCCGGAUGAAGCUCUACAGCGAGCUUGGAAUUGUGUUAAUGCUAGUCAACGCGCCAACAUGGCGCGGAGUCUGCGAAGGUGCAGAUGAGGUGAGCCGCUUGGAUGCACAUGGAGGCGUGGAGUCGCAACUGCAGGCCCACGUCCUCCCUUCCGCCCGGUGA